GAAUCGUCCUCCUGCUGCUUCCAGACGCACAGCUCUCCUCCUGCUCUCUGCAACACACUUCCCUCUCUACACACCAUGAGUAAGUCCAGCACGCUGAAAGUCAAGGGCUUGUUUAAAAUCAAAUCCCUUGACAAGGAGAACAAGGAGCAGAGACAGUCGGGGACCCUGAAAGAUGCGAGCAGCAGCAGAGGAGCGGGGAGUCCUCCGGGGAGCUCCAUGCCGCUCAGCCCGGGAGACAACGCCGCUCUCCCCGCGGAGCUUCUACCCGCUUCCCCGAAAGAAAAGAAGCCAAAGCGGCUCAAACUGUUCAAGCUGAAACGGAAGAAAUCCAAGAAAGGAGAAGAAGGAGGAGAGGUGUUCUUCCCUGAUGAACUGGACAGCUUCAGCAGCAACAUGAGCUACGACCAGAUGAGUGUUACCACGGAGUGCAGUUUCCAGACUCAGCCGGACUGGGACCUUCCUUCUCAGUCCACCUCCAUGAUCAGCUUGGACAUGACUCAACCACACAGCCCCACGUCUCCCUCCAAAUUCUUCAAGAGUUUGGAGGAAAAGAAGGGAGUGUUUGAUCGUAUCAGCAACUUCUUCAGGUCCGGCAGAAAGAAGAGCAGUAGCAGUAGGCAGCCUUCAGACUCCUCUGCAAGUUCCCCAGCAUCCCCUUCAUCUCCACGUUCAUCCCAGUCUCAGGAGGAGGAUGGGCUAAAGACUCCGACUCCUUCUCGAAAAGACGGCGAGCUGACAGGGCCUCAUGGUGCAGUUCCAGGGUCCAGACUGAGAGCAGAGCAUGGGGACAGCCUCAGCCAGAGCUCCAGUCCCAGCGCCUCCAGCAUGGCCUCUGUGGUGACUAAAGAAGCAGAGCUGCCGUUUGCAGACAGCGACAGCAGCGGCAGAAGCAGCGUGAGGGAGGUGCACGUAUGCAGGAUCAGCACAGGCAGCAGCGACAGGAAUUCUGGGAACGUGGCUGCCGCUGCUCUCCAUCUUCCUUCUACCACUGAACCGGCUGCUGAUUCACACUCAGAGCUCGGCUUCACGGAAUCCGUGGUGGAGGAAGUCAGCAAAAGGCUGCAGUUUCAUUUGGAAGAAAGCAUUGGGAAGAAAACUGAGCGUUCCGGUGAGGAUGAUAUGGUCACCCCGACCACCCUGUCAUCCCUUCAAAUCCCUGUUUCCAAAACAGCCGAGGCACCCAAAUCUCCUAACUUAACCUCUAUUAGCUUAGCAUCCAAAACAACAGUGGUGAAAAUUGGUGGGAAUGGGCACAGCACUGCACUAACAGGGAUAACUUUAGGCUCUCACUCAUCCACCUCACACAUCAUCACAACUCAACAGCUGGAAAAGUCUCUAGAUACAGAGAGGGAAAGCACAAGAGCCAGAACUAGUGCUCAGAUAUCCACUGUCUCUGGGGAAACUACAGUUACUGUAAGGAGCCCCUCACCUGAGAGAGAGCCAGCACCCAGAGGUGAUUCUCCCAUCCAGCUCCACAAAGCCAUAUGGGUGGAAACACACCUGGGAGAGGAGGAGGAGGGGGAGAGGGAGGGCGAGAAAGAAAAGGAUAUAAUGAACCAAGGGGAGGAGGGCUUGAGAGCGGACUCCCCUCCCGUUCUGGCUAUACCUGUCACAGUGAUUCCUGAGGACGACUCAGAAAGUCCGACCGCUGCAGAUGGUCCUGCUGCCCCCUCACACAUUUUACCAACCGGUGGCAUCUCGCCAGAAGCAGCCACCUCCUUGGCAUCGACUACAAGGGAGUUCCAAAUAACCUCACCACAGUCAGCGGAGCCUGACACUGGCACAGACUCAAAGCAAAGUUCACUUGAGGAGAAACACAGACCGAGAGAAAUCCGUGUUACGCGCAAGACUGUGAAUCUGCCUUCCAAGCACAAGGUUUUUGCCCAGAAGGUGUAUAUUAGCCCGGAGCCAAGUGUGGAAGAAGACGACCUAGUAGGAGAGGAGUGCUGCGGAGAUUCCACUUCAAAGAUCCAAAACACAACAGAUGCAACACCACUGGCCAGCCUCCAAAACAAAAACAAUGCAGAAUUCAAGGAUGCCAACCUUGAACUGUCCACAACAACAGAUGAGACUACGCACCCUGGCACAAAUACUCCUGAACCCGUAGUGAAAGAAAAAACUGACUCUGAGGCCUCUGACUUUGAUGAGACCUCUUCAGCUUCAGACAUGUACAAAACAAAGUCACAAGUUGUGGAAUCUGGAGUUAGGGGCCAAGGAACCAGCAAGACUACCCUCUCUAAACGAGGGGUUAAAGGAGCUGCAGAAAGUCAGCAUACCGCUGCAAGUGGAACAAAGACCCCAUCCUAUGCAGCUGGAGGGAAGGCCAAGAAUGUCAUCACAAAAGCAAAGGGCACCACAGAGGGAACAAAAGUGGAAAUUUCCAGUGAUAGUCCAUCACAAAGGGAACAUAGCAGUGAGAAAGCAGUUUCUAUGUUACCAACAUUAAAAGACCAAAGCACCAGCAGUCCUGUAAGUCUAACAGGCUCAAAGUCUAAAAUCCCCAAAAGGUCAACAUCAGAUGCAGAAGUGAAAUCACCAGUAACUCCAGAUAAAACAUCACUUCCUGAUGCCUCGGGGUCGACAUUCACUUCCAAACUGCAAAAACAACCCAGAGCCAAAGAAUCUUUGAAAUCUCUAACCACCACAACCAAAGCUAUCAGGAAACCAAGCUUUGAGGAAGCUAAAGGAGGAAAAUCUGUGUCUGGAAACAUUUCUUCCACAAAAACUAUCAACAAGAUGGAAACAAAGCUUAAUCAGGAUAAGUCAGAUAAGGACUCUCAGUCUGUAGAGUCUGUAAGCCUAGUAAAUGGUGUGGAGAAUGAGAAUGAGGAAAGACAUGUUAAAACAGCACACAGGGAAAGUUUCAACAUCAAAAAACAGCAACAGAACCACCUGGAGAAUAACGCUCCCUUGGCAUCAAAGAGCUCCUUGCCCAUUUCAUCUCCAGCAAGAAAGAAGAACAAUGAUUUAACUCAAACAAGUGGCACCACCUUUAGAAAAGCUUCAUCUGGUCACACAGACUCAGACAGACCCAAAACAGUCCAGAAGCAGAGUCCAGAGCAGCAAGAAGUAACUCCUGAUGAGAGAUCUGGUAGUGAGACACCACCUCCGCUCCCUGAAAGCCCCAAGAAUGCAGGAUCUCUGCCAUCAGUGAAAGGAUCCAGACACCCUCCUAAAAGAAGCACGAGCCGUGAUGACAGUGACAGUCCGACCUCUUGUGUCUCUCCACCUCCUGCCAAGCAAGAGAAAACUGUCUCAUCAAGGCUUUCCAAACAGAAUGAUCCUGUCAAACAGCACCUCAAAAGUCCUGUAAAGCAUUCAUCUGACACCUCAGGAUCUGUGAGCAAACUUCCUACAAGAGGUCAGAGAAGCUUCAACAGAGUAAAACCCAGAGAACCUCGAAACUCCAGAGAUGAAAAUUCUGAGGACUUAAGUCAAAACACAUCGACAGAGUUGACUGUCAAAGCACCUGAGAAAGUGGAAGCUGAUCAGGUGAAAGACAGUGACAGCUUUAAAUUCAAGUCUGUGUCUGUAGAGGAAGAAGAGCACAUUAUAAAACUGAGAGAUAAACAGACCAGUACUGGAAAAAUCAAACUGAAAGAAAUAGAGACAAAGCAAUUAGUGGAGGUCAUCACAAAUUCUACAACUGAAGAGAUUUCAAUAAUCCAGCCUUCACUGAAGACUGAUGCAAUUAUUACAGAAAACACUCAGGUAAACAUUGCAACAGGUACAGACCCAGGAGUUGGAGUAUCGCCCAGCAGUGAGGUUGACAAAGCAAUUCCAUCUCAGUCACAAGUUACUGAUAUAAAUAAAGCUGAGACUGAUGGAAUACAGCAUGACGUCAAAAAAACUAAAGUUGAGAUUCUACCUGAAAAUGUGUCUCAUGUUCAAAGUGACAAAACCGUACAAGGACAGAAAACACUGAUAUCAGCAAAAACUUCCCCAGAAGGAAAAGACAAAGAGAUUUUAGAGAUGACCAAACCCACAAGUAACACGAAACUGGAUUUAAUCCAGGAGAAAGAGACAAAUUCUGCAGCACUGGCUCAGGACACAAUACCUGCUCAUGAGGCUGUAACUGAUAUGUCAGCCAAACCUGUUGUGGGUGACGACGUUCACUGUGACACAAUGACCCACUCUGAGCAGGAGGGUGCUCUGCCUGCAAGUAUUUCCCUUACAGAAAGAACUACAGUCACCUCUCAGGAAAAAGAUGAAGAGAUUACCAGAAACAGUCUUCCUGCUAAAUUGGCCUCAAAAGACCAAGAUCCUGAAGUGAAAGAUUUACACUCAGACACUCUCACUGUGGCCUCAGUGAAUGCUAUCCAGGUCAACACAGAGCAGCAGAAGGAGUUACUGAAAGAUCAAACCACAAAAGAAAAAGACAGAUUGUCCCCCACAUUAAGCACAGAUUUGGUAAAAUACUUGGACGUAGAGCAGAAAAGUAAAGACGAGGUUGGCAGGAAACCAGAAGAGGCUUUGGACAUUCAAACAGAGACUGUGACUGUUUGUGAAUUGCCCAAGAAUGUUGAACAUCAGUCAGACAAAGAGGCUCUUUUACUGGAUCGACAAUCUGAAAGAGAGGAGAAAGAUUCAAAACCAAAUGAAAAGCUUGGUGAUGCAGCAAUGGAAACCAGUGACUCACAAAACAGUUGCAAAGUGGAGCUCAAGGGCAAAACCAUCGAGGGUGAAGCAGAGAAAAACAUUACAAAUUCAGAGAAGCCAUGUCAGCUAUCACCACAGGAGAAACAUUUACAGCCUGAUACCAAGGAAGAACCACAGAGAGUAGUUACAAAUGCCCUGGAAAAGUCAAGUGCAAAGGCAGAGCAAGCAAGCAGUGCACUUCCAGAAACUACACCCAGGGUGGUUGAUAAAAAUCAGCAAGACGUGAUCCUUUUGAAAGAAAAUGCAGAGAGUGGUCUUAAGAAAAAACAGGGAGCAGAGCAGCAGAUGAAGGCAUCAAUAGUGACAGAAAAACAGGAAUCUAAACCACUUCUAACCAAACAGGAAGAGGUCAGGGAUGGCAACACACAUGUGGAUAACAAACAUGCUGAUGAUGUAAAGGAAAAACAAACUCCAGAAAUAACAACCUUAAACACAAAAAUGUUGGAUGUCAAAGGUGAUAAAGAAAAGAAGAGUUUAAUGAAUGAGGUUUCAAAUGAGGCUGUUGAAUCUGAAGUCAGCAACCAAGAAAACAAGAAGGCCUUAACUGCUAGACCCAAGGAGCCUGAGACACAGAAGGGACCAGAGAAGAGAACAGGAAGCCAUAUUUCACAAACGGAUACAAUUAAAGAGCUAAAAGCUGUAAGCACUGAAGUUUUGAGUGGUGAAGGUAAAAAAGAAGACACUGAAACAGAGGAUUUAUCACUUAAGAGCUUACGGACUGAGACUGAAACUGUGACCACUAAUACUGAAGAUGACAUCCACAAAGACCAGAAGACCAGAAGUGGUGAAGACCAAGAUGAGGACAUAACAAAACCAGACAAACACCCAAAUGAUAAAUUAAAAGAGGAACAACAAACAAUAAGAAGUAAAGAUCAGGAGAAGACCACAGAGAAACCAAAAAUGGCUCCAGUUCUAGAGCAGACUUCUGGAAGUACUGCUACUGAAAGUAGCAACAAAAAAGCUGAAUUUAGUAAUUCAUCGGAAGACAGUUUGGUGAAUGAGACACAAACUGCAAAUGACAAAACUGUAGUAAGCAACCAACAGGUCCAGGUGUCACAAACCAUCACCAACCAAGAUGGAAGCAUUACAAAACCAGAGAAAAGCAAAUCAGCAGAAUCCAAAUGUCCAAAGUCUGACCUUAAUCAAGAGUCAGAGACAGUACGAAUGGAAGGUUCAGAGGAGUCGACAGCAAGCCAAACUCAAGAACUUAAAGUCAAAAGUUCCAGAACUCAGAGUGCCGAGGAAGCUAAAGAGAAAACUGAAAUCAAAGGUACAUCAAUGCAGACCUUGGUGAAUGAGAAAACUCAAUCUGAAAUUAGCACCCAAAAUGAUCAGAAGACCUCAGUUGUCAAAGAAGAACUGGUGGUGAUUAAAGAACCCAGAAAAACUACUGAUCAGUCCACAGAUAGCAAAGAUCCUGAUGCUAACCAGAAGACCUCAACUGUCAAAGAAGAACUGGUGGUAAUUAAGGAACCAGGAAAAAGCAAUGAUCAGUCCACAGAUAGCAAAGAUCCUGAUGCUGAGAAGAAGACGUCAAUUGUCAAAGAAGAACUGGUGGCAAAUAAGGAACCAGGAAAAAGCACUGAUCAGUCCACAGAUAGCAAAGAUCCUGAUCCUGUCCACCAGAAGACCUCAAUUCUCAAAGAAGAACUGGUGGUGAUUAAGGAACCAGGAAAAACCUCUGAUCAGUCCACAGAUAGCAAAGAUCCUGAUCCUGUCCACCAGAAGACCUCCAUUCUCAAAGAAGAACUGGUGGUGAACAAGGAACCAGGAAAAACCUCUGAUCAGUCCACAGAUAGCAAAGAUACAGAUGCUAUCGAGAAGACCUCAAUUCUCAAAGAAGAACUGGUGGUGAAUAAGGAACAAGGAAAAACCUCUGAUCGGUCCACAGAUAGCAAAGAUAUAGAUGCUAUCCAGAAGACCUCUAUUGUCAAAGAAGAACUGGUGGUGAAUAAGGAACAAGGAAAAACCUCUGAUCAGUCCACAGAUAGCAAAGAUACAGAUGCUAUCCAGAAGACCUCUAUUGUCAAAGAAGAACUGGUGGUGAAUAAGGAACCAGGAAAAAGCUCUGAUCAGUCCACAGAUAGCAAGGAUCCUGAUCCUGUCCACCAGAAGUCCUCAAUUGUCAAAGAAGAACUGAUGGUGAAUAAGGAACCAGGAAAAACCACUGAUCAGUCCAAAGAUAGCAAAGAUCCUGAUGCUGACCACCAGAACACCUCAAUUCUCAAAGAAGAACUGGUGGUGAUUAAGGAACCAGGAAAAACCACUGAUCAGCCCACAGAUAGAAAAGAUCCUGAUGCUAACCAGAAGACGUCAAUUGUCAAAGAAGAGCUGGUGGCCAAUAAGGAACCAGGAAAAGGCACUGAUCAGUCCACAGAUAGCAAAGAUACAGAUGCUAACCAGAAGACCUCAGGUGUCAAAGAAGAACUGGUGGUAAUUAAGGAACCAGGAAAAAGCAAUGAUCAGUCCACAGAUAGCAAAGAUCCUGAUGCUGAGAAGAAGACGUCAAUUGUCAAAGAAGAACUGGUGGCAAAUAAGGAACCAGGAAAAAGCACUGAUCAGUCCACAGAUAGCAAAGAUCUUGAUCCUGUCCACCAGAAGACCUCAAUUCUCAAAGAAGAACUGGUGGUGAUUAAGGAACCAGGAAAAACCUCUGAUCAGUCCACAGAUAGCAAAGAUCCUGAUCCUGUCCACCAGAAGACCUCAAUUCUCAAAGAAGAACUGGUGGUGAAUAAGGAACCAGGAAAAACCUCUGAUCAGUCCACAGAUAGCAAAGAUACAGAUGCUAUCCAGAAAACCUCUAUUGUCAAAGAAGAACUGGUGGUGAAUAAGGAACCAGGAAAAACCUCUGAUCAGUCCACAGAUAGCAAGGAUCCUGAUCCUGUCCACCAGAAGACCUCAAUUGUCAAAGAAGAACUGAUGGUGAAUAAGGAACCAGGAAAAACCACUGAUCAGUCCACAGAUAGCAAAGAUCCUGAUGCUGACCACCAGAACACCUCAAUUCUCAAAGAAGAACUGGUGGUGAUUAAGGAACCAGGAAAAACCACUGAUCAGCCCACAGAUAGAAAAGAUCCUGAUGCUAACCAGAAGACGUCAAUUGUCAAAGAAGAACUGGUGGCCAAUAAGGAACCAGGAAAAGGCACUGAUCAGUCCACAGAUAGCAAAGAUACAGAUGCUAACCAGAAGACCUCAGGUGUCAAAGAAGAACUGGUUGCAAAUAAGGAACCAGGAAAAAGCAAUGAUCAGUCCACAGAUAGCAAAGAUCCUGAUGAUAACCGGAAGACCUCAGGUAUCAAAGAAGAACUGGUUGCAAAUAAGGAACCAGGAAAAAACACUGAUCAGUCCACAGAUAGCAAAGAUCCUGAUGCUAACCAAGAACAAAAACCAAACACUGUAGCAACAGAGGUUCCAGAAAAGACAGACAAAGAGGUCAAAAAUACAGAAAUAUUAAAUGUUUCCACAGCUGAAAGAGCAGCUAGUAAGCCUGAUGUGACACCGGAUCAGAAAAACCUCAUUAAAGAGGUUGUUGAGGUGGAAAAUAAAAUACAAAAGGAAGUGGAUCAGCACCCAAAGGCCAAGCAAGAGUCAGAGCUCACUUUGGUAAAAGAUGUGUCUAGCAGAAAAGGUAGUGCAGAGCAAAAACAAAAGCCCACUAUUGUUUUAAAUGAAAUACCCAUUAGUGCUGCUGCUCAGAAUAAUGAUGAAGACAGCAAAGAAAAAGCAAAGACAGAUGAGUCAGCAACAGUGACUUUUGCUACAGGCGAUACUUUGAAACAGAGACUACAGACUUCAAGAGAAGGACAAAAGCCUCCAAAGCCAACACUUGAUGACAGUUUCUCACUUUCUGCUUCCAAAAAAUCAUCAGCUCCACCUCAAAGUCUCCAGCUAAAGACAGAAUCUCCAUCUAGCUGGUUAGAUGUAGAACAUCGCCCUAAACGCAAGAAGGAACACAGAAGAAAACUGUGUCCGUCAGCAAGUGAGGAUAAAACUUUAGCGCUUGAUGACUUUGAUGAUUUUAUCAGAAGCAUUAAGGAGGGUGGAAUUCCUUUCUCACGUCCUCCAAAAAGGCGCAUUCGUAGAAAGUCCCCAUCACCACCUUUUGCCAUGCCAGCCAUCAAGGAGGACCAUUUUGAGAAAACAUUUGAUCCUGAGAAAUUCCAGUUCGGCUUAGGGAAUAAUGACAAAUGUUUCACGGAUCUUUCACCGGCUAUGGUGCUUAAACAAAAAGCAGCCAAUCGAAAAGGUCGGACCCUAGAAAAACGAUCACAAGACAACUUGACCACAAGAAGACACCAAAUGACGACCGUUGACGAGGUAGAAGGAAAAAAUGGAGUCAAAGAGGGGACAAAUGCUGUAGCAGGAAAAGAAGAGGGACAAAACAAUGGAGAAGAACCUGGGAAGAUGACGUCAAGACUUGAAAGAAUCUCCAUCCUCUCCAGCUUGAUGAAUUCCCCUCAUUCCCGCAGGAAGACCACAGAGGAAACUACCAUCGCCUCAAAUAGCAAACAUUCAUCUGACCAGCAACAGAACCUCCUGACACCUGGGAAACUGGGACUUACUAACUCACCUGUGCCUGACAUUAAAGCUGAUAACGGAGAUGUGAAGGAUAUAAAUCAAGGUUCAUUUACAGGCGGUGGUAUAGGUACAGUUAGUGAGUCAGCACUUAGCCCCUCCUCUGCUCCUCCUCCACCCUUGUUCUCAGAGAUAAAGCUGCCUGAUCACUUAGAGAAAUACCUCAAGAAGAACAAAAGGGAGUCAGAGACCUCCCAGGUCUCCACACAGAUGACUGAAACUGACCUGAUUUCGAAGGAGCGUACAGCUAUGGACCAGGCCUCGGUAUCAGAUGGACCUAAUGUGGACAGCAGCCUGAAGGGGCCUGCAGGGCUGCCUUCAAUCAUCAACUACAGUCAGAAGACCUCUCGAAAUGGACUUUCUACUAAAACAAAGAUACCUGCAGAAAGAGGGUUCCACAAAAGGCCUGGGAAGAUCGUCAUUCAUGAACACGCUCAGUUUGGAGGGGAGGUGUUUCAGCUCCACCAUGAUGUAGAAGACGCCACCGCAAUGAAGCUGUCUCCUGUCAUCUCAGUCAGAGUCAUCAGAGGAUGCUGGCUCCUCUAUGAGAAACCUGGCUUCCAGGGUCGUAUCAUUGCCCUUGAGGAAGGUCCUACAGACCAGAUAGUGAAUAUGUGGGCAGAGGAGGGAACUCCAGAGACUCUAGACCGGAUGGGGCAGCCUGUUCCAACUGCACCUAUGGUCAUAGGUUCAGUUCGACUGGCAGUAAGGGACUAUAGCAUGCCUCGAAUUGACCUGUUUCAGGAGGUAAACGGUUUGGGGAGGGUGUCAUCUUACUGUGAUGUUGCUGUAGAGGUUAGCUCCUAUGGGAUCCCACAGACCACUGGCUCCAUCAAGGUCCAUUCAGGAGUCUGGCUGGUGUACACUGAUCCAGGGUUUAAUGGAUUCGUAGGAGUGCUGGAUGUGGGGGAGUAUCCCUGCCCAGAGACCUGGGGUUUCCCUCAGCCUUUCGUUGGCUCUCUCAGACCCCUGCGAAUGGGAGCAAUAAGGGUGGAGCAUCCUAAUGAAGUCAAGGCAUUAGUGUUUGAGAAGCCCAACUUUGAAGGAGAGUGUAUGGAGGUGGACAGUGAUGUUUACAACCUGCAAGAACAGGAAGAUAAAGAAGAAGCAGACAAAGCUGAUGUGAACAAGAAGGGAUUGUCUGCAGUGGGAUCUAUAAAGAUACUUGGUGGUCUCUGGGUUGGCUAUCAGGAGGCAGACUUUGAAGGGCAGCAGUACGUCCUGGAGGAGGGGGAGUAUCCUCACUGCAGCGACUGGGGAGGAUCUCAACAUGGACUCCAGUCUCUCCGGCCUGUUGUCACAGAUUUCCUGUCACCCCACCUGAAACUGUUCAGUGAGCCGAACUUUAAUGAGAUGGGACUGAAGGUGGACCUGCUGUGCCCCGUCAUCAGCAUGGAGGACAUCGGCCACGGCAUCAAAACCCAGUCUGUCAGCGUCACCAGUGGAGUGUGGGUGGCGUUUGAAAAGCCAGGAUUCAGUGGCGAGCUCUAUGUCCUGGAGAAAGGCUUGUAUGCACACCCAGAGGACUGGGGAGCACCGCACUUCAAAAUCUCAUCCAUACAGCCCGUCUUCCACGACAUGCUGGUGGGAACGACUAAAUUCAAGGUCCAGCUGUACUCUGAACCAGACUUCCAGGGCCGGCUGGUGGCUCUGGAGGAUAGCGCAGCAGCUCUGGAUGAGGACUUCACACCCAGGUCCUGUAAGGUGCUGGCUGGAAGCUGGGUGGCGUACGACAGAGUCCGGUUCACAGGAAACAUGUAUGUCCUGGAGGAGGGAGAAUACCCCAACGCAGAGUCCAUGGGCUUCCUGUCCUCAGACUCUCACAUUCGAUCUGUUCAGACUGCAGGGCAUGAGUUCUCUCUGCCGUCCAUCAUCCUGUUCACUAAAGUGGGCUGCAGAGGUCGCAGGAUGGUGCUGACAGACGGAGCCGUAAACCUGCUGCAGGCCGGCGGCGACGCACAAACACGCUCCCUGGUGGUGGAAGGAGGAAUGUGGGUGUUGUAUGAAGGCAGUAACUACAGAGGUCGGCAGCUGCUCCUCCAGCCUUGUCAAGUGGGUGAUUUGUGUCAGUACAGUGGCUGGCAGCGAAUAGGAUCCCUCCGUCCAUUACUCCAGAAACAAAUGUACUUCCGCCUGCGGAACAGGGAGACAGGAUGUGUGAUGUCUCUGACCGGAACGCUGGAGGACAUCAAGCUGAUGAGGGUUCAGGCUGUGGAGGAGACGAGAGGUCUAGAGCAGGUCUGGCUCUAUCGGGACGGACAACUCAGCUGCAAGCUGGUGGAGGACUGUUGCCUAGCGACAGGAGGCAGCAUGGUGAUGGCGGGCUGCCGGCUUUGUGUUUCCCCUGAGCGAGGCAAAGACGCACAGCUGUGGAACAUCACCCCGGAUGGCCUGGUUCGCUCCCACCUCAAACCUGAACUGGUCCUGGAGGUCAAAGGUGGUCAUCAGUAUGACAAAAACCAGGUGAUCCUCAACACUUUUGAUGAUAGAAAAGUGACCCAGAGGUGGACCUUAGAGAUCCUGUGAUGAGCUUCAGCCCAUCAGAAGCUCCGUUGAGGCCCUCACAGCUCCCUGCUGCAGCUCUGUCAGGAGACCAGGCCCUGUGGUGCAGCUCCACCGUGGAACCCACAGCACAGAGAGGUCCCCUGUAGUGGCCUUUGCACUUGUUUCUAGUAUUUUUACUCUUGUUCAGGACGGUUGCCACUGACCCAAUUACAUCAUCGCCAAUAAAAUAACUUUGAACAUGCACUUAGACAGCAUUCGAUGAAAUAAUGUAUUCAGAGCAAAUGAAUAAUGUAAAAUGUUUAGCUUUUUUAGCCGUUUAGAUUGCAAACUCUGCAUACCAAAGACUCCAAGCCCUUCAUGUUUUCACUGCAUGUAGUGAGAACUCGGCCCUGUCUCAAUGCUGCAAAUCUUUCUUCAACCUUAUGGUACUUUCAUGGUUUCCCAGUCAGUUUUCUGCUCAUCAUGUUAGCAAAUAUGAAUGUAAACUGUACACUGACAGCUGCAAUAUGAAGUCUGAUGUGCCUUCACUCCAAAGAUUUAUGUAGAUGCUUUCUUUUUUUGCAAUUACUGUAGAUCCCAAUGAUCUAUUGUAAAGUUUUGAUAUCUUUUUAGGACUCAGUAGGUAUUUACACGUUUACACAAACUGUACUUUACUGCAUUAGCGUGUACAUAAGCAUCAAGUGUAUAGAUGGAGUUUAAAUUUUAAAACUGCCCACUGUUGAUUGUAAAUUUGUGAGAAAACUGUUACACAUUAAAAUAAAAAAGACUUUC